GUUUGAUUGAAUAAUUGGAUUGAAUUAUACUUCUUCAUUCCAUCCAUAGUAUCUUUGAGAGUAUUUCUGAAGCUUUAGUAAUUUUCUUUUAUUUUAAUUGCAUUACUUUUGUGUCGCCCAUUAAUUUAUAUCAAGCCUUUUGGUCAACGACUGUGAUAUGGCACUAUUAACCCGGAGUGUCAUCCGUCGCAUGGCGUUGCUAGAGCCGGCGCUGGCACGGCUGACAAGCACCAGUCCCAUGCAUGACCCGUUGGAACACGUCACAGGCAUAGAGAAGCGAGAACUGCUUGCCCACCUUGCCGGAGAUUGUGAUCCCUUUCGCAUCUGCUCUAUCAAGAAAGGUCCGGGUACUCGCGAGCGGCCGAAUUUGAUUCCGAGCGCAUUCUCUAAGCGCCUAGUGGCCUGCAGCUGCAAUCCUGUGCAGAACCACGUAGAGUACAUGUGGCUGCACCAAGGUUGUCCCAAACGGUGCGGAUGUGGAUUUUGGUUCGAGCUGUGUCCCAUUGCACCGCUGUAACCAAUUACAGUCAGAACAAAGAAGAACAGUUUCGAUUCCGACUAAUGUAUUUGGACUGGUUAAGUCCUUGUAUAUCGACAAAUUGUAAAAGUACACUAUCACCCUUGUUCAAUCAUGUGCUUUUAACAUCGACGAUCAUCAUCAGUUGUAUCGGAUUUGCUCGAGUUUGCCCAUAGCGAGAGCAAAAGGUAAGUUACACGAAACGUUGUGUAACUGGGCUUUUGCUUUACUUGCUAUAAACCGACUGAAUCGAUCGUAUCGCAUCGCACCAUAGAUGCCAACGAGCUGGUUGAAGCGGCCUCUUUAUUGAGCUUCUCAGCCGCGAAAGGCUUUGUCGUGCUUGCGGGGCGCGUUUUUGUUGAAUGUCGUGGGUCUGCACACUCUGGUGGAAGUGUAAGAUUAAUGUAAAGGUCUCCGCUCGCCGACCCACUUCUCGCGCUUUGGCCUUGAACCAGCUGAUCAAUGAUCAAUGUACCACUUUACUCCGGAACUGAAGUUCAUUAUGAUUAACAUCGUAGGUAUGCUAUGUUUGUUCGAUUUUACGGUCUUUCGUUCCCACUAUCUCCUAUAUUUUGUUAAGUCUUUGAUAUUUUAAUAAAACAAAUUUCACCGAUUAUUCAAAAGUAUAUUAAG